AUGGCGUUCGACCCGUUGGCCGGCGCAAGGAAGUCUGUGAUCAAACUUCUCCGACAAAUGUCUGAUUAUGAUCUAAAUGGGAAAUACCUGCUCUACAAGUUAUCCGUCCCUGAAGCUCCCAUUGGGAGUCCGCGCUCGACUCAAUUCCUCUACCACGACUCUCGUUUACAGAAACUUCCAUGCGCCCGGCGAGCAUGUUUUGCGACGGGGGUUUCGAAGUCAAGCUCCCGCGACACGUUGAAAGCUGGGAGUGCACAUGCGACUAAAGAGGUGCAAGAGCGCCUUGAAGAACUACAAUGUUCCACAGUACCGCUCUACCCGCGCUAUCAACGUACUCCUGAAGCACAGAGCAUCCGAUCACUGCAAGGGGAAGUGGACGUCGAUGCCGAUGCCGAUAAGGAUGGUAUGUCCGGGAGGGUUUCUUCCAUCCGGCUGAGCGGCUCGAAGUUGGCAUUCGUGGAUAUCGUCGAGGAUCAGACGAAACUACAGGCUGUGCUGUCUCACUCGGCAUCCGAAGGCACGGGGGUGACCUUGGCCGACUUCAAGCACCUUUGCCGGCUGCUCAGAAGAGGUGACUAUGUUUCAUUGAAGGGAAAUCGACCAUAUAAGGCCAAAAACGGUCAGCUCUCCAUUCGGGCUGCUACCAUGCCCGUCAUUCUAUCGCCUUGCCUCCGACGAUUCCCAGUUGAGGAUCGAGGCUUUGCAACGACUGAACUUGCAGAGUCCAAUUUUCAACCCCGACAUGUGGAAAUGCAGACGGAUCCCGAAAUUUUAGAGACCAUCAAAGCCCGGGCCACCCUCAUCCGGACGAUGAGACGUUUCUUCGAGUCGCGACAUUUUAUCGAAGUGAGCACUCCUAUCCUGUCUGCCGCCGCGGGCGGCGCCACUGCGAAACCAUUCGAGACCAAGGCGACAGAAUUUCCUCACCGGAAACUCAGCCUGCGCAUCGCCCCGGAACUAUGGCUGAAAAGGCUCAUUGUUGGCGGCAUGGACAAGAUCUUCGAGAUUGGACCUUCGUUUCGGAAUGAAGGUCUCGACAAAACACACAAUCCCGAAUUCACCACAUGCGAAUUCUACGCCGUUGGCCAUGAUCUACGCCGACUAAUGGAUAUGACGAAGCAGCUCGUCACUGGCAUUGGCUUGGCUAUCAAAGCUCUCCCAUACCAGUAUACGAACGCACCCUCGUACCUGUUCGAUUCUGUGGACGCUUCAUACGAAGAACUUGACUUCAUCCCUUCUCUCAAUUCUGCCCUGGGAGUUGACCUUCCCAACCUCUCCUCGCCCUCCGCCCACUCCGAGCUCCUCGAACUUUUCCAUUCGCACGGCCUACCCCUCCCCAGCAACCCCACGGUCCCUCGACUCGUGGACAAGCUUUCCUCAUUGCACCUCGAAUCACGGUCUGUGCACAGACCGCUCUGGAUCACAAACAUUCCCGAGUGCCUGUCCCCUCUGGCGAAAUCAUACAUCCACCCCACAGCACCCAAUGAUCAACCAGUUGCGGCACGAGCAGAGUUGUUCAUCGCCGGGAAAGAGGUCGUGAAUUGCUAUGAGGAAGAGAAUUCGCCCUUCGAGCAAAGGAGAAAGUUCCUUGAGCAACAAAAAUACGGCACGCUCCAAUCCCGCCCACAGCCCAACUCGAACAAGAGCGGAACAAAGGCUGCGAAGUCAGAUGUGGAAGGCGACGAGGAGGUGAUGAAGGUUGACGAAGACUACCUUCAGGCCCUGGAAUGGGGACUUCCGCCCACGGGUGGAUGGGGCUGCGGUGUCGAUAGACUGGUCAUGCUUUUCACGGGGAAAGAGAGGAUCGGAGACGUUCUCAGUUUCGGCAACCUCAGGGCCGUCACAAGGGGCGCGGAGGCAGACAGCCACCCAAGAGACGAAGACGGCAAAGUUCAAUAG